CCCUUCUCUCUCUCACACACACACUUUUUUUUUUUUCUCUACCUUAACCUGAUUAUUCUGCAUUCGUUCCUGAAUACAACCUUAUUGGGAGACAUCUGCACAACAGCAUGCCGCCUGCUGAUCUUGACAAAACCAAAAUCGACUUUCAAAAGUACUACUUCUAUGGAACAAUACUUAAUGUGCCACCAAUCUUGCUCAUGUACCCCAUACGUACAGUGCGAUUGUUGCAACAACGCAAAUCCUCUGUCCCAGUCUCAUCUUCCAUCUUCAAGGUCAUUAAAGACGUGCAGAAGAAUAAUGGUGUCCGUGCCCUCUAUGCAGGUGCGACAGUCUUUAGUACAGGCCUAACUGUAACAAAGAUCCUUCAAUUUGCGACAUACGACUACCUGGCGCAACAGAUCAAAGGGAACAACUACUACGAUAUCAAGAUCCUUGAAAGCCCUAGUGUCUUGAGUGGAGUGCUCGGUACCUUCUCUGCAGUUGUCACAACUUUUUUUGUAGUGCCCUUUGAUAUGAUAUCUCAACAGAUCACCCUUGCAAAAGCUGGAGCACAAGGAAAUCUGGUACCUGCAGCAGCCUCUUCAGCUAACACAUCUGUUGCUCCAGUUAUCAUGCCUGAAGCUGCUGGAAUGGUAACAGCUUCAACCACUGCAACAAGAGCUUCAGCAAUAGCGACUGUAGCUGCUACAUCAACUUCCACUGCAGCAGCCAGCAAACUACCACUAUACGUUACUGGAUCAUAUGAACGUCUUCAACCACCACCACCCAUGCCCAUCUCCGAGUCACUCAAAAUUCAAUUCAAACAAGAAGGAGUCCGCUUCCUCUUCCGUGGCUACGUUGCUACCAUCAUGUCUACCAUCCCUUUCUUUGCAGCCUAUUUUCCAGCCUAUGAAAUCUCAAAGGUCUGGGUCAAGGACGGUAUUCAAUUUGUACGAUCACUGCAACUAGAAUCCACCAGGCCUUUCCCCCCACCGGAGCUUCAUCAGUUGAUCAUUUCCUCUGUAGCCGGAAGCAUUGCAUCCUUAGCAGGCGUCCUACUGUCCUCACCAAGUGAUAUGGUCAAAACUCGGAUCCAGACUGAACAAAGAUUACAACCAACGAAUGGAUCGGGGAUCAAACUACCAAUGCCGAGUUUGAAAUGGUGGGAUGUAUUUAUGGAGAUUUGGAAGAAAGAAGGAUUUCUCAAAUUUUUUGCGGGGACAAAGGCAAGAGCCAUUCUGGCGAUUCCAGGUGGUGCUCUAAAUUUUGUGAUCUUUGACUUUGUAAGAUCUGUUAGUAUGCUGAAAGAGACAUCUUCACCAUUAGCCCCACCGAUCACGAUUCUACAAGGUGAAAGAGUUCAGGAAGCUUUGGUAUAAAACGUAUAUCAGGAAAUUAUACGCUUUUUUGUUAUUAUUAUUUGAGCUAUUUCUCUUUAUCUUGAUAUUUUAACUUGCAUUUCUCCACAUGUCUUCACUCCACUCCAACAUCUUGCAUUUAUUACAUGUAAUACAUUUACAGAAUAAAUUAAUAAUAAGCCAC